UUGAGUUAUUGAAACACAUUUUCACGAAAGUGCUUGGAACUUUUCUUGAGUCUCUUCUUUUUAUCUCUGUUACCAAUAGUUUUGCCCCGAUCGAGAGAUAAGAAGUUCCUAAUUUUGUGAAAUAAAACCUGAACUUGAAAACUGAUUAGAUCAGCAUAAUCUCCUCCGUCUUCGAUCUCUCUUCCAACAGACUGAUCUGCUUUGUUUCCCCAUGUUUCAAUCAGUCCCCAUUUUCAAAUUAAUUAGACUCUGGAGAGCUUCUGGUCCGAAGGAAGCGUGCUUUGACUUGUGGAUUUUCGUAUUUUGCAAUAUGGCUUCCUCUUCCGUUUCUUUUUCUGUCAUCCCCCCCAAAAAAAAGUAUGAUGUUUUUCUCAGUUUCAGAGGCGCGGAUACUCGCAAGACUUUUACCAGCCAUCUUCAUGCUGCUUUGAUACGGAGGAAAGUGGAAACCUACAUUGAUUACAGACUUGAGAGAGGAGAUGAAGUUGGACCCGCCCUUCUAAAAGCAAUCGAGGAAUCAAAGAUUUCCGUGAUCAUUUUCUCAAAAGACUAUGCAUCUUCCGCAUGGUGCUUGGAGGAACUUGUUUAUAUACUGGAAUGCAGGGAAAAACAUGGACAACAUGUUAUACCUAUUUUUUACGAAAUAGAUCCAUCACAUGUACGCUACCAGACUGAAAGUUAUAAGACUGCAUUUGCUAAACAUGAAACAAGGUUGAAGGACAAGACGGACAAGGUGGCCAAGUGGAAGGAAGCUUUAGUAAAAGCAGCCAAUCUAUCUGGGUCUGAUUCAGCUUCAAGAACUGCUCGGGAUGAUUCCGAUUUAGUUGAGCAAGUAGUCAGAGAUGUGUUGUCUAAAUUGAAUCGUGAAUCAUCAAGCGAUUUAACUGGUUUGAUUGGAGCUGAAGACCGCAUUAAGAAAAUUUUAUUGGAAUUAGACAUCAUCCCAGAAGAUGUUCGUGUUCGCUCUGUAGUUAUCUGGGGUAUGGAUGGUAUUGGCAAGACCACGCUUGCUGAUGCUGUAUAUCACGGACUCUCUUCUCACUUUGAAGCUCACUGUUUUCUUGCAAAUGUUAGGGAACGAUCAGGUAUCAGAGGAGGUUUCUCUCCUGAACUGUAUCUUUUGCGAAAUGAACUUCUUGGAGAAUUACUAGGGGACAGGAGUUUAGCUAUCCAUACUCGAACUAUAGGUGCUGUUGACAAAGAGAGGCUCCGCCGUGCAAAAGUCCUUGUUGUCCUCGACGACGUGAAUGAUCCAAGCCAAUUAACAUUUUUAGCUGGAGAAGUUCCAUUUGGCCCAGGAAGUCGAAUAAUUAUAACAACUCGAGAUAUGCAACCAGUUAAGGAGACUCUACUAGUGAAGAAAGUAGCUGACCAUGAUGUUAAGAUAUACAAGGUGGAGGAAUUAAAUGGUGUUGAAUCUCUUCAGCUCUUCCAUUCAAAUGCUGCCACACUUUCUACACAAAAUUCAGAAAUUUUAGAGCAGGUGGUAGAUCAUGCUGCAGGCAUUCCAUUAGCCCUUAACAUUUUGCGUUCACUAUUCCUUCGGUGCAAGAGCAAAGAAGAACAGGAACUGUUGUGGGAAAAAUUAAAAAAGUUUCCUGACAAAAAACUUCAGAAUGUGUACAAAGCAAGUUAUGAUGGAUUAGAAGGAAAUGAGAGGGAGAUAUUCCUUGAUAUUGCAUGUUUUCACAAAAGGGAGAAACUUUGUGAUGUAAAAAGAAUUUUAGCUGCCUGUGGUUUAUUUCCCGAUGAUGGAAUUAAAAUUCUCACUGAUAUGUCUCUCAUAUCAAUUAAAGACAACUGCAUAUGGAUGCACGAUGUGAUCCAAGAAAUGGGUUGGCAGAUAGUCCGGGAAGAAUGUACUGAAGAGCCAGGAAAACGCAGUAGGUUGCACAAUGGUGAGGACGUCUGUGAUGUAUUGAAAAGGAAUGUGGGAACUGCAAAAGUACAAAGCAUUUCCAGCAGGAAUUGUGUUAACAAGCUAACGUUGGAUCCUGGAGCUUUCACAGGGAUGAUUAUGCUUAGAUUUAUACAUCUUGAUGACAAGGAAAAUCUAGAGUAUCUUCCUGAUGCCCUUCAAUAUCUCUAUUGGCAUAGUUACCCUUUAAAAUCUUUGCCAUCAAAGUUUUCUCCAGACAAUCUAGUGGAGCUUCAUAUGCCCUGGAGCAAACUCAAGAGACUCUGGAAUAAAGGCCAGAAUCUUGAGAACUUGAAAAGGAUCGAUCUUAGUUUCUCCAUGAACCUGGCUGAAGUUGGAGAGCUGUCAAAUAGUGUAAACAUUGAGAGUAUAAAUCUUCAAGGCUGUAAAAGUUUGGUUCAAGUUCCGGAUUUGUCAAAGUGUGUAUACAUUAAGAGUAUAAAUCUCCUUGGCUGUGUAAGUUUGGUUGAAGUUCCAGACCUGUCAAAGAGUGUAAACAUUGAGAGUAUAAAUCUUCAAAGCUGUGCAGGUUUGAUACAAGUUCCUUCGUCCUUUCAAAAGUUUACCAAGCUUACUCAUCUGAAUUUGGGAUAUUGCUCCAAGAUCAGUACUCUACCAAAGAUACCGAGCAAGAUGGAAUUCUUAGAUUUAAGUGAAACUGCAAUAGAGGAAUUGCCUCCAUCAAUUUGGUCUCUUGAAAAACUUGUUAAAUUGAAUCUUCAUUGCUGUUGGUCCAUUAAGAAUUUUUCGAGCAGUCCAUGGAAGAUGAAAUCCCUCAGUUAUCUUUUUUUGGGUCAGACAAAUAUAGAAACAGUGCCCUCGUCAUUAUUCAUGUCUAUGACUGGGAUCAUUUCACUUGACCUGAGUUAUUGUGAUCGCCUUCUCAGUCUCCCAACUGACAUUUGUAAGUUGAAAUCUCUCCAGAGACUUGAUCUCUCUGGUUGCUCUAGUUUCACAAACUUUCCGGAAAUUGAGGAGCCUAUGGAACAUCUGCAGUAUCUUAAUUUAAGAGGGACGAAAAUUGAAGAGCUGCCUUCAUCAAUUGGGAAUCUUGUUGGGCUUAAGACAUUAGAUUUAUCUUACUGCAAAAGCCUUGAAUUACUCCCAAACAGCUUCUACAAAUUAAUGCAUCUUGAGUGGUUCUCCCUUAAUAAAUGUGUCAAGCUGAAAAAACUGCCUUCCUCGUUCAUUUUGUGCUCUUUGAUAGAACUAGACCUCGGAUGCUGCAAUUUGUUAGAGGAACUUCCCGAUUGCUUUACUAGCUUUCCCAAAUUGCAAGUCUUAAUACUAGACAAAACCAUGAUUGAGACCAUACCUCCCAGCAUCAAACAAGUUUAUGGGCUCCAGUCUCUGAGCCUAUAUCUGUGUGAGCGGCUUCAAUCUUUGCCAGUGCUCCCCUGUCUUCUACAAGAAUUGGGUGUAGCAGGGUGCCCAAGACUUGAGACAGUGUCAGUUUCAGUGACUGCACAGACUCCAGGUUUGGAUCAAAUACUUUCUGGGAAGAGGACCGAGAUACUCAGAUAUAUAAGUUGCGUUAAGUUGGGUGAAAAUGCAUGGAGCAACAUAAUGGAUGAUGCGCACUUCAGAAUUAUGCGAAUGGCAACUGCUUGUAAUCUUAAACGUUUAUCAUCCGGUCAAGUAAAGUUAUUGUAUUCGGGAAUAAAUGAAAUUCCAAGAUGGUUUAGCUGUCAAAUGGAGGGAUCUUCAAUGAAUAUUAAGCUUCCUCUGCAUUGGUCUGAUGAUUCAAACUUCUUGGGUAUUGCUCUCUGCUCUGUUUUUGCAAGCCAUGAAAAGGGUCUUUAUCAUAAAUGUGAGAUGAUUCUCAAAACCAACAAUGGUGAAACCCAUAGUUUCAGUUUGGGAUGUACAGAGGUCUCCAUGACUGGGGAGCUGAAGUCAGACACAGACGAUCACGUGUUGGUGUGGUAUGAUAAUGUCCCUGCAAUUUCAGAUGAAGCAAAAUGGUCUAUGGAAGCCUCUUUUCACUUCUAUACAGAAGUCCAUGGUAAACGAAGGCAUAUCGCAAAAAGGUGUGGGGUCUCCUUUCUGUAUGCCCAUGGCCAAGAUGAUGAUGCUCUGAAAUUUGAAGUCAUUCGUCCACAACAUGUUACUACAACUAGGAGACGCCUCGGCAGCUUUGGGGAUGAAGCUAGCGGAAGUCAAAUGUGGGAACACCGUGGCCGCUUUGAGGAUGAAGCUAGUGGAAGUCAAAUGUGGGAACACCGGGGCCGCUUUGAGGAUGGAAGUCAAAUGUCUGGUCACUUUGAUCCUGGAAGUGAAACUAACGGUGAGUAA